AUGUAUUGAUGAUUAUGAUAAUGUCAUUAAUUUAAUUCGUAAGGAGAAGAAUUUAAAGGAUUCGGAAUCCUUAUCUUUAAUCUUACAAAUUGAUGAAUUCCAAACUGCAAAAUAUCUACGUCGCAAUAUAGGACUACAAAUCUUUCACUUGUCGCCCAUGGAUUUUAAAGACUCCAUGCUAUUAUUUGACCGUUUUAUUGGGCAUUUUGCAAAUGAAGAUAAUUAUAAUGUUUCAGGCAACAUAUAUCGUUCUAUAGUGAAUUCAAUAAGAGGAAUUCCCUCCGUCAUUGAAGUUGCAACUAAAGUGAUUACAAAUAUGAAAAAUGCAAAUUUAAAUGCAUUUGAAAACUAUCAAACGGCGAAUACAUUUUGGAGAUUUUUGCGAGCUUCCAUUAAAGAAAAAUACUCCGAAAAUGAUUGGUUGAGAAGCUUACAGAGCGAGGAUAAUAUUUUAAAAUUACUAUUUUAUAUACAUAUACAGAAGCCCCUUAAAAAAGAUGACAAAUUCGACGAUUCUACUACUAUUGAUGAUUUUGAAACUAGUGACCUCAUUUUUCUUGAACAGUCUGGUAAACUGUUCAUCCCAAGGGCACCAUUAGUUCUCAUAUCAAUAUUAGCAGAUUAUUUGAAAUCAUUUGACAUCUUUAAUGAUAAUCUGCUGAAUCCGUUUGAUUUGUUAACUGAGGAGACAUUUCCUCAAUUUAUCCUUCACAUGCAUCAUGUCACCUAUACACUUGUAUUUCGUACGGGCCUUCCUAUCACAAUUCGCGAUAUUUAUGGUGGACAUGUUAGAGGCUUAGAUGACGUUUUAAACUCGAGGAUUGAUGUUCAACAAUCAAUUGAAUACCACGUCCACGCAAGCCUGAUACCUAAAACAAAUGAUGGUUUUAUCAAACCCGGAUUAUUAGAUAGGCAAAAGCUUCCAGUGAUUAGCUCAAAUAAAGAAGGAUAUAAAGAAAUUGAUGUCACAUCAGGUAGAUAUCUUGUCCUUCUCGCCAGAAGAACAAAAUCUGCGGAUGCAAUUACACCACACGCAGAUGAACAAUAUAAGUUUAGUUUAGCACUGGAAUCCGGGCAGCCAAUCCAUACAAGUUCAAGGGGGAAAAUUGGUGUUGAUAUAAUUCUUGAAGAAGAAAAAAAGGCCAAAGAGGAUAUACAAAAUAUUCCAGACAACUGCAUUAUUGUGGCAGGAAAAGAUUUAUUUGAUUUUGUUGGCCUUUACGCAGACGUUGUCGCUAGAAUUGCUAUGAAGUCAGAUGAAUCUGAUAAUUUAUAA